AUGUCGAUGUAUAAAACAUCUGCUACUACGGUGAAGCUCGUAGCUACACUACCGCUGGACAGUAUCAAGCCGCCUUCCUCUCGCUCAGAUGUGCAUUUUAACGUCCAGCAAGCGGCUGCAGACGCAGUGCCUCUGGAUAAACAGCUGAUGGGUCUGUCCAUUGAGUUUGGUAACGCAGUCGACUAUUUCGGCGACGUGAACAAUCCCAAUGCCUUUUCGAAACAACUUCUGCAGAACAUCGUGGAUCGGUCUCAGAGUCCAGCUAUCCUACGUAUAGGUGGCAAUACUCAAGAUCGAGCUAACUUUUGCGAGAACUGUAACCAGACAAUGAGUAGCAUCGUGCUGAACGACCCAAACGACCCAAAGGGCACCGAAGCAGUCAAUGUCACGUUCAACAAGAACCUAUUCAAUGUCCUGGCAAACAAUGUGCCAGCUGGAACUCCGAUUAUUUUUGGGCUCAAUUUCCGUAACAACAGCUACAGCCUAGCUCAAGCCGAGAUCGAUGGUGCCUUCAAAUACAUCGAUCAAUCUCUGGUCAUGGCAUACGAAUUAGGCAAUGAAGUGAACCUUUAUGGAGACUUUCGACCACCAGACUACGACGUGAAUGAUUAUGCCCGUCAAAUGCGUGAAUGGAUACCACGUCUCCGAGCUCGCUCAUCCGCCGCUUCGAGCUUCCAGUUUCCAUCGUUUGCAGGCCCGGAGUUAUUCAAGCCGGAUAUGAGUAUCUCGGAACUAGUGAGGUUGGGCGUACCGCAGUCCAUUCCAGGAAUUGAAUACUUCUCUGUCCAUGGCUACCCCUGGAAUAUAUGCACGGACGAAGAUGCAGCCAAAGUCGACCUGAGAAACCUCCUCGACCACCAACAGACCCUAGACCUCCUUGACCAAUACAGCAGUCAAAUAUCCGCCGCAAAACCACUCGGAAAAAUGAUGCACAUGGGCGAAACAGGCUCCGUUGCAUGCCAUGGAAAGGAUGGGGUAUCGAAUACGCUUGGAGCAGCACUCUGGCAACUGGACUACGCCCUCUCCGGGGCCACAGCUGGGAUUGACCGACUCUUCUUCCAUAACGGUAAAGGCGACUUUUACUAUUCUACGUGGGAGCCAUUGUCGACGGAGACAUCGCCUGUUCCGCAUAUUAACCCUACAUACUAUAGCAUGCUCUUCAUUGCGGAUCUCGUAGCAGAUCUUAAUGGUCCCAGGAUUACACCGAUCACGUCGCUUGAUUCUAACUCCGCCGUGCAUUUUGCUAUUUACGACAAUGAUCAGAUCCAGAAGCUCGUUCUCCUGAAUACCGAGUAUUUUAACGAGACAACCACCCGAUCGAGUAGGGAAUUCAACAUUGCCUCUAGUCUUGGGCUAAAUUUAAAGGUCAGACGCUUGACGGGCCAAAGUUCUGAUGCAAGAACUGGCGUGACUUGGGCUGGUCAGAGUGUCGAUGCGAGUGGUGGGAUCACAGGCGACUUGAACAUUGAGAGUGUCUCGACUGGCAUCGUAACCCUGCUCGCUUCGGAGGCUGUCAUAGUGGAGCGAGCGUGA